AUGAUUCCGUUCAAAGGUCGUAAUUCGCUGAAACAAUACGUAAAAAACAAACCUCACAAAUGCGGAAUAAAAAUGUUCGCCAGAGCAGGCAGCAGUGGAUUUGUAUAUGAUUUUGAGGUUUAUGUAGGAAAGGGUACUAUAAAAAAUGAAAGUACUCUGGGCAUCAGUGGGGAUAUUGUAGUGUGGCUGUCCAUAGGAACUGUGAGAGUUGCACGUAUGCCUGGCUGUGAGUUUAUAUCAGACAAAGAAUUAAAACUAAGAGGCCGAGGUUCAUUUGACUACAAAAUGGAUACCAAUCAAAAUAUAAUAGUCGCCAAAUGGUAUGAUAAUAAACCUGUGGAUGUUGCCUCAAAUUACAAGGGAAUCGAACCUCUGGAAUGA